GUGAGGGCACAGGCAGGGAGGAGCAGGCAGUGUGGAAGGCAGGGGGAGCAGACAGGGAGGGGCAGGCAGAGGGACAGGCAAGGAAAGAGCAGGCAGAAAGGAGCGAGCAGAGGGACAGGCAGGGAGGAGCAGGCAGGGAAGAGCCGGUACGGAGGAGCAGGCAGAAUGGCAGGAGGAGCAGCAGCGGCAGCAGGUGAAGCGGGUCCGGCACAGCGGGGUGGGGGCUGCCGGAGCCACUAUGGGCUCGGGGGGGGUGCCUAGGAACUGGCUUAUAAAGGGGGACACCCCCUUCCCUUCGCUGACGUCCCUGCCUUGAAAAGAAGGGAGGGAAAGGGAAAGGAGACAGAGAGGGGAAGGGGCAAAAAAAAAGCCGCUGCAAAAUAACAAAGCAGCCCCCAACAGCCAGGGAGAGGCAAGCGGAGAGGACGGCGGCGGCAGGCGGCAGCGGCUGGAGGAUGAAUCUGCCUCGGAGCUGCAUCGUCCUCCUGCUCCAGGGGAGCCUCUCGCUGCUGCUCCAUUUCCCUCCCCUGCAAGCGAAGAAGCGUCCCAAAACUUCUGUUAUUUUGCCGCAGGUAAUCCAGGGCCAGGAGGAGGCAGGGGAAGGUGCAGAGCACAGUGAAGCCCAGGGGCAGGAGGAGAGAGCUGAAGCACAGAGGAGCAGAGGGCUGCUCUCUCUGAAGUCUCUCUUAACUCCAGCCUUAGCCCAGAACCUGACCCUCCUGCAGCUGCUGAGCUCCAGCUCCCGGGAGCUAUGGGACCUCCUGGACCAGCUGCCCGAGAGGCACCACCCUGCACGCCCCAGGGGCCAGAGGGAUCUGGGGCCAGCUUCGGGCAAGCUGAAAAAGCUCUUUGGCUGGGGAGAUUUCUACUCCAACAUCAAGACAGUGAAGCUGAACCUGCUGAUCACCGGCAAGGUGGUGGACCACGGCAACGGCACCGUCAACGUCUUCUUCAGGCACAACUCCACCGGGCAGGGCAACAUCUCCGUCAGCCUGGUCCCCCCGACCAAGGCAGUGGAGUUCGACCUGGAGCAGCAGAUCUUCAUCGAGGCCAAGGAGUCCAAGGUCUUCAACUGCAGGGUGGAGUACGAGAAGGUGGAGCGCGCCAAGAAGACCUCGCUCUGCACCUACGACCCUGCCAAGACCUGCUCCCACGAGCACACCCAGAGCCACGUCUCCUGGGCCUGCUCCAAGCCCUUCAAAGUCGUCUGCAUCUACAUCACCUUCUACAGCACAGACUACAGGCUGGUGCAGAAAGUCUGCCCCGACUACAACUACCACAGCGCUGUGCCCUACUCCCCCUCGGGCUGAGGCGCUCCGCCCGGCGCAGGAUGCCCUGGUGACAGGGGGUGGGGGUGGGGAGGGAGGGGUGGGGAUGGGAUGGCGAGUGGGGGUGGUCCCUGGACACCAGAAGCGAGGAAGGAAGAGGAGGAUCUGAGCACAUUUCCCCGGAGACCUCCCGUGCCAAGAGGAGGAAUGUGAGGCCCGGGGCGGGUGGGGGAGCUGGGGGGCACCAG